AUGGCACCUGCUCGUAAAAAGCAAAAAUCUACGAAGCCAACACAGUCAAUACAGCCAACCCAACCAAAUCAACCAAUCAAAUCAAUCCAACCAAGGCUAUUUGCUCCAUUCAGAGCUCUAGGAUUCGUUACCAAUGAUAUUCCCUUCAAUAUCCUAUCUAGAUCCACUAGAGACGCAAAUAAAUUAUCUGCUCAGAUUGUAACGUGCUUAGGAAAUAGCUGGGCUAUGUGGGAUCUUUCUACCAUGCGCCUUCUCUUUGUUUCCCCAGAUUGUGAAAAUCCAAUCAACUCUAUUGCAAAUGAUGGUACAUACGUUUAUGUCUCUGCCGGUCCUCAUUUGAUCAAGUAUAGUAGGGGUAAACAAAUUUCUAAAUUUGAAUACCCUGAGCCUUCAGAACUGGGCACUAUCACGCUCUUCGGUAGUCAAUUACUCGCACUCAGAGCUAAUGGAAAUGGUCUAAUCGUUUUUGAUAAUCAUUCAAAUGCUAAAUCAGAAUUCUCACACGAGAUUCAAUUCCCUUUCAAUUUCACUGCCACUCAGAUCCUCCAUCCAUCCACUUAUCUCAAUAAAAUCGUUGUAGCAUCUGCUCAAGGUGAUUUACAGUUGUGGAAUAUAAGAACAAGAUCACUCAUUCACUCCUUCCAAUCAACUCACCUUCGAAGAAGUCUUCCAAGGCCUUCUACAGAGGCUAUUACUUCCCUCGAGCAAUCUCCUGCAAUUGAUGUUCUCGCCAUUGGUUACUCUGACGGUCUAAUUUCACUCUACGAUAUCAAAUCUGAUGAAGAACUCCUAAGAAUGCGUAUGGAUGGCGAUCUCUCCAUCAAUAGCAUCACUUUCAGGACUGAUGGUGAACAUAUCAUGGCUACAGCCGCAUCUAACGGUUACAUAGCAUUCUGGAAUCUCAAUGAAGGUGGUAGAUUAGUCAAUGUGUUAAGAGACGCACACAGUGAAUCUACAUCCAAGAUAGAGUUCCUACCAAAUCAGCCAGUAUUGAUAUCUUCCAGUGGCGACAACAGCGUGAAACAAUGGCUAUUCGACUCGCCCAGCGUUCUCCCAAGACUGCUCAAGUUCAGAGCUGGUCAUACUGCCCCACCACACCACAUACGCUAUUACGGUGAAGACGGAAAAACAAUUCUCAGUGCUGGCAGAGAUAACAGCUUGAGAUACAUGAGUGUAGUAAGAGAUUCGCGCAGUUUCGAAAUGUCUCAGGGCUCACUCGCUAGAAAAGCUGCUCAACUCGCUCUACCAAUGGCUGCGUUGAGGUUACCGCCCAUUACAUCACUCGCAUUUGCGACGCAGAGAUCUAAAGACUGGGAUGACGUUCUUACCUCACAUGCCGACAGUGCUGACUCCUACACUUGGCAUGUCCAAGAUAAGAAACUUGGUAAGCACAAGCUGGUGAUGGAUGACGGCGUCGCUCGAUCAGUCACUGUAUCCGUGUGCGGUAAUUACGGUCUCAUCGGUACAGAUAAAGGUAAGAUUAAUCAAUUCAAUAUGCAGUCGGGCAUCAAGAGACGUGUACUGUCUAUACAGAACAAGUACGAGAAUAAAGAUGCACUGGCUAUUUCAGGUGUCAUCAGUGACGCUCUCAACACUACCAUCGUCGCUAGUACAUUGGAUGGAUUCCUCUAUUUCUUCGAUUUCCACAACGGCGCUCUCAUCGAUACGCUGCAACUGCGUGGUGGUGUACACCAGUUGAUUCUGCAGCGAGACAACGGAAUAAUGGCCGCCAUAUGCGCCGACAAUGUCGUACGAUUAGUAGAUAUCGAAACAAGACGUGUCGUUCGUGAAUUUAGAGGAUUCACAAAGAGGGUGUCUGACAUCGCAUUCUCCCCAGACUCUAAAUGGCUCGUUGCAUCAUCGUAUGACUGUAUUAUACGGACAUACGAUAUUCCAACGGGGACGUUGGUUGAUGCAUUCCGAGUGACCAGUCUGCCCACCUCCCUCACCUUCUCUCCUACAGGAGAUUUCGUAGCGACGACGCACACUGAUUCCGUCGGUAUCUAUCUAUGGGCGAACAAGACACAGCUGGUGGAGGUUCCACUGCGACCCAUCUCCCAAACUGAUGUCAUCGACGUUGGACUCCCAACUAUGCAAGGCGAAGUUGAGGAUGAGGAGCUUGGUCAGUUGGAGAGUGAACCUAUUGUGCAACAUGCGCUCGGCGGUAUCAAAGACCAAUUAAGUGAUGGAUUGGUUACGCUGUCGACUAUGCCUCGCACUCGCUGGCAAACGUUGCUCAAUUUAGAUACAAUUAGAGAGCGUAAUAAACCAGCUGAACCAGUCAAGGCUCCUGAACAAGCACCUUUCUUCCUUCCGUCGCUUAUGGAUACGCAGAACAACACUUCUGGCGAUAAGAUGAGUAUGGAUGUGGAUAAACAGGAUACUCAUCGCCUGGUUGAAGGUGCUCUCGGUAUUGAGACCCAGCUGUCGAAAAUGUUACACUCCGCUCAAUCUGAUAAAUUGGAUCAACUCUUCACCUACUUGCAUGGAAUAACACCCGCCAACAAUGACGCAGAUGUUAGAUCAUUGAUGCCUGCAGAUCUCGAACUCUUCUUGAAAGCAUUGAGCGAGAGACUUGGUCAGCAGAAAGAUUUCGAUACUGUACAAGCACAGAUGGGAUUAGCUUUGAGAGUUCACGCGGAUAUCUUGUCAUCUGACAGCUCACUCAGAGAAAGUCUAUCAAACUUAGCUCAGGCUCAGCGCAAAGAGUGUCACAGAUUGUUCGAUCUGACUAAUUACUCACUUGGUGUGCUCAGCUUCGUUAGAGACAUCCCACUGCAGUAG